GAAUCAGUUCGAAAAAGUCAGUCUUAGUGAGGAGAACACACCCAUCAAGCUAGUGGAUACAGUUUUUCAGGAUAUACAAGGAUUACCGGAAUGCGUCGAUCUGUUUUGCUGCUCCUAAUCUCCGCCAUUGUGCUGAGUGCGGCACUUGCUCUGCCAGCAAAUUGGAAGGAGUCCGAGUCCGAGUCCGAGUAUCAUGAUUAUAACGAGCUAUCGGAGCACCAGGAUCUGAACAGCAGUAUCGAGAAAACUAUCAGCAAGCGAGCUGCCAAGGACACUAGUGACAGCACGGAGGAUGGUGGCAGUGAGGAUGUUAACGAUAAAAUGGACAGCUCAAUGGAAUCCUCUUGGGUGGGGGAACAUAUGGUGAUCAUGGCAUCCGAGGAAGAAGCGGAGUCCGGUGUCAGAAGGCGCAGGUCUGGUGAGAGGAACAGGAACUUAUCGCUCCUGGCCACGAUUUGCCCGUAUGCUGAUUUCAGCCAAUUGGAGAACGGUAUUACCUUAAAUUCUAGAAUUGAAAUCACUGAUAUGUAUGCGAUUUGUAAAACUCUACCAGAGUCCGGUCGGGCACACGCAAUACAACUUUCCAGCGAUUAAAUAAAAGCAAACAAAAAUUCCAAGAA